AUGCUGCCCGAAGGGUUUCAGCACCCAUCCUGGCCGAGCAAAACAAUGAUGGCAGUUUGGCGUCUACUGGUGCUUUGCUUGGUGCCUGCAAUCUGUGACUUUCAGGACCAUCAUGGGGAGGUCCGUGAAUGGCUGGUUCCCUCGCAGGAGCUGCCUUUGAAGACCAGAGGCAGAUAUGUGGUUGGGAAGUCUGGCCGACGGGUGCUACUCGCUUGUGUCAAUUGGUAUGGUGCAUCUCAGAGGCAAAUGGUGAUGAAUGGAUUGGACAACCAGCCAGCAUCAGUGAUGGCAUCAAGGAUCGUGGAGUUGAAAUUCAAUUGCAUUCGGUUGCCGUUCAGUUUGGAAAUGGUACUGGACAACAUGUCAGUUCCAAGACCAGAGGAGAUGCUGGCUGCAAACCCAGAACUUCUGGGCUUGUCUCCCAUGGAGGUAUUUGAUAAGACAGUGACGGCCCUGACAAAUGUUGGCCUUUUGGUCAUCCUCAACAACCACGUCUCGUCUGCAGUAUGGUGCUGCAGUGGAAAUGAUGGUGAAGGAUUGUGGCACACGGAAAGGUAUCCUGAGCAAGAGUGGCUCAGAGGUCUCCGCUUGGUUGCAAGGAGGUACAGCAAAAACCCUCGAGUAGUUGGCUUUGAUCUCAGGAAUGAAAUCAGGGCCAACGGGGCAAUCCUACCCACCUGGGGCUCUGGUGACGUGUUCACUGAUUGGUCCAUUGCUGCUAUCAAAGGGGCCAAAGAGGUGUUGAAAGAACAGCAGGACCUUCUGAUUGUGGUCUCAGGCAUUCACUUUGGAAUGCGCCUCUCUGAAGUGCCGAAUCGGCCCAUCCACGAAGAGGUUCCAGAGCUUCACAACCGCACGGUUUAUACAACGCAUUUCUACUAUGGCUGGUCCUUUGACAUGAUGGCCUACGACAGGAUCUCAAAGAACAUCAUAAUCUUGAUGUUCUUUGCAUGUUGGCUAUGGGUUUUGCUUGCUUUGGACCGGGAGUCAAAGAACUUUCGAUCUUUCCAGGCGGCACCUUCAUCGCAGGAGGCAAAUUUCCCCUGGGAGCUUCGAGCAGCUGCUGCUGUUCUAGCAUUGCAGGCUCUUUUGUUUGCAAUUGGAGAGUACCUUGGUCAAAGCUGCGGUCACGUCCACAUAGUAUCUCCGCCAGCCUUCGUGGUCCUUUCCAGCUGGUGUUUCUGCAUCAGCUAUGUGAUUUGGACUAGGAUCCUUGUGGCUUACACCCUGGUGCUGUUCACGAAUUUCCGAAACAAGGAUGUGCAGUGGAGGUACAGUAGGCCUCGAGACUUGCCAGAUGACACACUACAAAUGCCAGUCCCGGCCUUGACCAUUCCAAGGUUCACUCUGGCAAUGUGCGCAUCAGAGAGCCUGGUUCAGCCACUUCGUGAAAGGAAGCGUUUUUAUGCAACAGCAGCUCUACUGCUUUUGCUCCUGUUGGUGGUUGUGGGCCAAAAAUGUGGCUCCUACAAUAAUUUUCGAGGCGAGCUAGAUGCAUGCCUAGGGCCGCUUCUCAGUGGAGAAGGUGUGACACCUGCCCCAGUUUGGUUGAGCGAGUUUGGAACUGACGUCCGCGACAACUACUUCAACAACAUCAUGCGAUACAUCAAGGAAAACGAGCUGGACUUUGCCUACUGGAGCAUCAACGGCGAAAAACGCCUGAAUGAAAGCGAGACAUAUGGCCUGCUGCAGGAUGACAACUUUGCUGUGAGACAUCCGUGGAAGCUAGAGAUGCUGCACGACGUGAUGCGACGGAGUUGGCAAAAAGACGUUAUCACUCAGAUCACUCAGUUUCAAACUUCUGUGGCCACCACGGCCUGGAGCAGGACUCAGCGGCAGCAGGGCAGGAAAGAUGUCCGAGGGGAAGUGACCGGAGUUGUCUUGCCUGUGCUAGCAGCUCUGGCUGGCUGGCUUGCCAUAAUGUAUGGCAUCCAGCACUCGCUCAUUUCUGUGCCAUUCCUCACCGGAAACCAGUAUGAGUACUUCCCGAUUAUCGCCACCUUUGUUGCUGGCUAUGCCGUCAUUGUCUUGGAGGAGCAGACAGAGAUUAACAAGGCCCGACCAAGAAAAGCAAUGCCAGCGAUGCUGACGGCCACUUCGAUCUUGACCUUGGUGACACAUAGCGUGCAUGGAAGCCAAAGACAAAGAAAACGACUUCAGAAUCUUCAGAGGAAAGGAAAGCGCAAGACACAGGGUCAAAGAGCACUUCCUCGUUGCGUUGUUUUUGAUUUGGAUGGCUGCUUAUGGAGCCCAGAGAUGUAUGAACUGUCAUGGGACCGAGGGGGUGCACCCUUUAACUACGAUGCUGAAGGAUUGAUGAGAGACCGCAGAGGUUGUGUCAUAUCCUUACACUCCGGAGUGGAGAAAGCUCUAAAUGAGCUGGCCACCGACAAGAAGUGGAAGGGGGUGAGCGUGGCAGUGGCAUCGUGCUGUGAUGUCCCGCCAUGGGCCUUUGAACUCUUGGGCAAGUUCGAAAUUGGACCUUCCAAGAUGAAAAUGAAUGAAUUGAUUGCUAUUUCGCAGAUUCACAAAGGCAGCAAACAAGGCCACCUGAGGGAAAUCCAGUCGGUGGUGGGUUGCAACUUCGAAGACAUGAUCUUUUUUGACAACGAGCCUGGCAACUGUCAGAAUGUGGCUGGCCUAGGUGUGACAUGCAUCUAUUGUCCGGACGGAGUUACUUCCAGGGUGUGGUCCACCGGCAUCGAGGUGCGGCCUUGCCAAAAGACUUAUCGUUGGUGGUUUUGUCAAGGACGCCUGGUUGAUUUUGAAUGA